UUACCAGCAACAAAUUUCCCAAUGUUAAUUUUGCCUUUUAGCCUUUGUGUACGUGUAGCCGUAAAGUUUCGUCGUGUGUCUCGUUUAUGUAGUGUGCAUCACAGCAGUAUGACAUCGAGUCGAAUCGUCGUAAUGAGUGGGCCGAGUGGGGGCGGCAAGAGUACACUGAUCACCAAGCUGUUUGAGGAAUUCCCCGACGCUUUCGCGUUCAGCGUGUCACAUACCACAAGAAAUCCCAGACCAGGGGAGUCUGAUGGCAAAGAGUAUAAUUUUGUAACUCGACCAACUUUUGAGAAGAUGAUAGAUGACAAAGGUUUUUUGGAAUACGCAGAAUUCUCUGGAAACCUGUAUGGAACAAGUAAGAAAUCUGUGGAGAACAUCGCCCAAUCAGGGAAGAUCUGUAUUCUUGAUGUGGAGAUUAAUGGCGUGAAGAGCAUAAAACAGGCGGGACUCAAAGCACGAUAUAUAUUCGUGAAACCUCCGAGUUUAGAAUUAUUGCCCACAGUCACAGAAGCUUUGGCUACAUCCCUGCCUGGCAGCUAUGAUCACGUAAUUGUCAACAACGAACUCGAAAUUGCCUAUUCAAAGUUGAAAGGAAUCCUUAUAGCGGAUAUUCAUCAGCUGCAGAAAGACAAAAUGAAGGCAAAAGAAUAG